AUCACAGCUAGCUUAGUGCUGCUCACGAACCCCAAAUCCAAGGCAGUGUUUGACACAUCGAGCCAAAUAGCAGCUGCCCUGUGGGUCAGGAGAGGCACUUGGGCUGACACCACCGAGAUUCGUAUCCCCCAAAGGAGGCUGGCAUCCACCAGAGCCACUUCAAAACUCGUCUGGGCAAAGCCAGAACUGACUUUGGGAGUUGGAUCCAGCCAGCAGAGAAGAAACCAGGACAGUAUUGGAAGACUGGAAAAGAAAGCUGGGUAAAAAAUUGCAACAGGUUGUAAUGUCAGUUGAGAGUCCAGGACCACCAAGCCAGCUGCUUUGGACCCCUGAAACCCAGCUCCUGCAGGAAAGAGCUCUACCAGCUGCUCAAUAUCCUGCCUUUGGCAAAGGUGGAAGCCAAGGAAACCUGCCGGGAGCAAAUCUCACACUGGAGCCAGUGACAUUUGAGGAUGUAGCUGUGAGCUUCAGUAGCAGGGAGUGGCAGUGUCUGACCCACGCUCAAAGGCACCUCUAUAAAGAUGUGAUGCUGGAAAAUUAUGGGAACGUGGUAUCGCUUGGAUUUCCAUUUCCUAAACCUCCUUUGAUCUCCCAUCUGGAGCGAGGGGCAGAGCCCUGUGUUCAGGAUCUACAGGACAGGGAGCUCCUGAGCUGCUCCUUCCCAGUAUCAACUGACAAGUCAUGGCCUGAGAAGGAGAAGGCAAGUUCAGAACAAGAGGUUUUUGAAAAUGAAGAAGUCUGCUGGGUGAAAUUUACAAGUCUCCUAAAGGUUGUUUCCCAGGGUCCUGAGGUUGGUGAAGUUUGUGUACAAGAUGUCAAAUUAGAGAGUCAAUGGGAAAUGCCUAUGAGGGAGAAACUGAGAGAAGAGAAAGAAAGCUGUGAGAAAGUGACCUUCAAGAAAGGAAAGAAUCAGAAUAUACUUAGAAAAAACUUCAAUCCAAACUCAAAAUAUAUUCCAUAUAAUAGAGUUCUUAUAGAACAGAAACUCCAUGAAUGUGCCAAAUGUGGCAAAAAUUUCAGUUGGCAUUCUGACCUAAUUCUCCAUGAGCGAAUUCACUCUGGUGAGAAACCCUAUAUGUGUAAUGAGUGUGGGAAAGCAUUUAAGACCAAAAAUCAGCUUUCUAUGCACCAGAUAAUCCACACAGGGGAGAAACCCUUUAACUGUACCCAGUGUGAGAAGGCCUUCAGUAGUAGAUCAGCUCUUUGCCGACAUAAAAAAACCCACAAUGGGGAGAAGCCUCAUGGAUGCAAUGACUGUGGGAAGGCCUUCACGACCAGGAACCGUCUCAGUAUGCAUCAGAUAAUCCACACUGGGGAGAAGCCUUAUGAAUGUAAUGACUGUGGGAAGGCUUUCCAGUUCAAGCAUUCCCUUACCAUCCAUGGCAGAAUCCACACUGGGGAGAAACCAUAUGAAUGUGGGGAGUGUGGGAAGGCCUUCAGUGGGCGUUCAGACCUCACCAAACAUACAAGAAUCCACACUGGGGAGCGACCUUAUGAGUGCAACGAGUGUGGGAGGGCCUUCAGCCGGAGCUCAGACCUAAGCAAACACAAAAGAAUCCACACUCAGGAGAAACACUAUGAGUGCCCUCAGUGUGGAAAAGCCUUCAGCAGCAAGGCAGAGCUCACCAAACAUAGAAGAAUCCACACUGAAGAGAAGCCUUACAAGUGUAGGGAAUGUGGGAAAGCGUUUCGUCAUAACUGUAAACGCAGGGCUCAUGAAAGAGAACACACUGGAGAGAAGCCCUAUCGAUGUGGGGAUUGUGGGAAAACUUUCCAGGAUCAGCAUUGCCUUACCAUCCAUCAAAGAAUCCACACUGGAGAGAAACCUUAUAAAUGCUCCGAGUGUGGUAGAGCUUUCAGUGGGAAGUCAAACUUGACUAAUCAUCAAAGAAUCCACACUGGAGAGAAGCCUUACAAAUGUGAGGUGUGUGGAAAGGCCUUUCAUAAUAGUUCAGUCCUGAGGCAGCACAAAAGAAUCCACACUGGUGAGAAGCCAUAUUCCUGCAGUGAGUGUGGCACAUCUUUCCGUCAGUGCUCAGCGCUAAUUGGACAUAAGCGAGUACAUACUGGGGAGAAACCUUAUGAAUGUGAGGAGUGUGGAAAAGCUUUCCGAGUGAGCUCAAAUCUUACUGGACAUAAGAAAAGAAAACAUAGAAUUUGGAGAACCCACAAACUUGAUGAGAGUGGGAAACCCCUCUCUCCACUAACUGUUUCUCAGACCCUUUCAGUAGUCAAUAUUUUGACCACCAACACAUAAGAGUAAUGAUUCUGGUGUUUACACUUUCCCAUUUCUCCUCCUCCAUCUUAGACUGCCCUUGUCUCCUGAUUCCCUGACCCCUAAUUGUGAGAUCCCCAAAGCCUUUCUCCUUGACCUUCCUAUUCAGUGUUUCUUCAGUGAGUACAUUCACUUCCAAGGCUUUGUCUGUCAAUAAUAAUAAAUACUUACCAGUGUUUGCUUUGUGCCAGCCACUA